AACCUAUAAUACUACUCGAAUCGCAUUUUUAGUUUGUUUUUUUCUAAUAUAUGAAUAAAAUUAGUGCUUUUAAAGAUUGUAGUAUAUAGUUAAAAAUGUGAGCCAUUUAGUGAAUCAUUACGUGGGAAUUGAGAGGCAAAGUUUUUGUAUGCGUUUGUUCUUACGUUUAUUUAAAAAAAUAAAAACUUGUCACCAUAACAACAGAAUGAAAAGAAGAUCGAAUUUAAUCGAAGUUUGUAACGAAAGUGGCGAUACAAUAAGCGGCUUUGAAAAGAAAUUGAGGGCAAAUUUUGCUAAAAGUUACAUCCAGAGCUCUAUUAUGUAUAAAAAUACUGAGUGGUACAAAUCUUUAAUGGAAGCUGAAAAAUCAUGUUUGAAAGAAGAUAAAAUUAAAAAGAUACAUUAUAAGUUUGAUGAUGAUAGAGAAAUGGUAGAGGAGUAUAAUGUAGAUACCCAAGUUCUGUUACGAAGGGCUUGGAAGGUCAAAGGAAAAUUAGGUGGUGAGGGUCAAUGGUCAGUAGAAAUUGGUGACCCAAUCCCUGAUGUUAAUCCAAGCAUUGAAAAUGCUGAAAUCAAAGAGAGCAAAGAUCAGCCUAUUGUUAUGCGAAGAAACACACGUAUCAAUUUAGAAUGGAGAAUCAGGAAUUUACCAUAUCCUAUAGAAACUUAUUCUAUUAGUGCCAGUAAUGAAGAUAAAAGUAUUACCAUAAGAACUACAAACAGAAAGUACUUCAAAAAACUACAAGUUCCUGAACUUGAAAGACUUAAAAUACCAUUAGAGCAAGCAAAUAUAUCUUCUACACAUCAGUAUCAGACACUUAUAAUAAUGUAUAAGAAACCAUCACAACUUUUGGAAAUGGAAAAAGAAUGGUAUGAGGAACUAAAAAAAGUAAAACCCAUCAAAGAUAUACCUAGUGAUUGUAAGACACAAUAAGUAGGUAGUUGAUUACCUAUAAAACUACUUAGU